AUGGUCCUGGAGCGCUCUACUCAGAGCAUAUCUAGCUACACAAUAUCCACCUGUUACGGCAUUCCCACCCGCUUCUUACCUUGGACCUCUUUCUCCUUUCUUCUUACGACUCAGAUGGGAGAGCUGAGGCCUGAACGAUUUGCUAGACCAAAAGAAUACCAUAAAAGGACUUUGGUGCGGCAGUAUCGGGGGCAGCCCGGGGGCCCGGUCCGUCCGGUUCCAGCCGCGCUGCCAGCCGUGCACUUCCAGCUCGCAGUGCGCACCAAGCAUGAGGCUCGGCGCCAAAGUGGCCUUGGGCUGCAGGGCCCGCCCCUGGCAUAUUCCCCCGCUAACCGAGACUUCACCUUUGAUCUCAGCGGCUCAGUAGCAUCCUCAGAUGUCAAAUUAAACCUUGGUGGAGAUUUUAUCAAAUAAUCUACAGCCACGACAUUUCUGAGACAAGGAGGGUAUGGCUGGCUUUUGGAAGCUGAAGAUGAUGACCCUGAAGAUAACAAGCCAUUGUUGGAGGAACUGGAUAUUGAUCUAAAGGAUGUUUACUACAAAAUCCGAUGUGUUUUGAUGCCAGCGCCAUCCCUUGGUUUUAACAGACACCUGCUAAGAGACAAUACUGACUUUUGGGGUCCUCUGGCUGUUGUUCUUUUCUUUUCCAUUAUCUCAACGUUUGGUCAGUUUAGGAUGGUCUCAUGGAUGAUAAUCACUCGGAUGUUUGGUUCUCUAACAAUUUUCUUACUGGCCAGAGUUCUUGGUGGAGAAGUUGCAUAUGGCCAGGUUCUUGAAGUUACAGGAUAUUCAUUACUUCCUCUCACUGUAAUAGCCCCUAUACUUUUGGUGGUUGGAUCAUUUGAAAUGGUUUCUACACUUACAAAACUGUUGGGUGUGUUUUGGGCUGCCUACAGUGCUUCAUUGUUAGUGGGUGAAGAAUUCAAAACCAAAAAGCCUCUUCUGAUUUGUCCAGUCUUUUUAGUAUACUUUUAUUUUUGUCCUUACAUACUGGGGUGUGAUCUGAAAAAGUCAUUCAUGAGUAGAAAAGGUAAUGUUACACUGGUGUGCACCCUGGGAAUUCGUGCUGAGGAAAGUGGAGAAAACCUGUUGGUGGUAAAAUUUUACAAGCUCCAGAUCUAA